UGGAGGGCAAACACAGACAGGUGGGCACAAGUCACAAAAUGGCUACAAAAAGACCUGGAAGACGCGAUAAACAAAAACAAACCCAACCUCACCAAAUGUGAGCACGGGGAAAAUAUAUUGCACACUAGUGACGUUUACAAGAAAUGGAUGUCCUUUCAAGAUGGAUGAAAGGAAAAGAUCGACAGCACCAUUGGGAGAGUUGCACGGGUUUCUGCGUCACGGGGACCCCGAGCUUUUCAAGCUGACUUUGGGCAAGCGGAAAACUUCAUCCUGGACUAAUCUCCAGUCAGUUACAGGACGCAUAAAAAGACCAUUCACUCUGUCACUGAUGGGACUUGAACCGACGCAUGUAGCCACCCUCCCCCUUCCACCUACACCGCCACCCUCUCUCUUUGAAUGGGGGCGCUGGAGCCGCCUGCCUCGCCUGCCCGUCAGCUGUCUUUGUUUCAAACUGAUCUGGCUUCUCUCCGGAGCACCCAAAGGUGGCCGGCCGACUCGCACCCAUCGCGCCCCAGGAGGCGCCCGCAUCCUCGGCCGCUGGCUGAAGUCAGGCUUACCGCAAAGUGCUGCAAAGUGCUGCUUCACGCCCGCUCCGUCGAGCGUGUGCUGCACCUGCAAAAGCUUUUAUUCCCCCCCCCUUUUUUUUUCUUCUUCUUCAUCUCCUUCCUCUUCUCCCCUCCGCGCACAUUCCAGCGGAUUGCAUCUCUGCUUUGUCGCUUUGAGGUCCAGGAUGGCGCUUCCUUGGCGUCCUGCCGGGCGAAAAAUCUUCUUGACCGUCUUGUUGCUGCAGUGUUUUGGCCUCGGUGCGUCCUCCUCCAUAGUUAACAUGCGGAGGAUCACCCAUCCUACUGUACAGCAGCCGCUGGCAGGUGUGGCCACACUCCCGUGCGUCUUCUCCCUGCCGACCAGUUCAUCUGCUCAGGACGUGCGCCUCGUGUGGACCCUCGUCAGGAUUGCCGGCGCCGGACGAGGUUCCCCUCUGGAGCACGUUGUCCUGACUACUGAAGGUGAUGUAAUCAAGGUGAAUACGGGUUUCAGCGGCCGUGUCACACUGCCAGGAUACGCCGCCAAUCCCCUCAACGCUACCAUGGAGAUCUCCAGCCUGCGUACCGACGACUCGGGCACUUACCACUGUCAGGUUGUCACGGGCAACGACUACGAGAGAGACGCCGUGACCCUGGUGGUCUACGGUGUGGUGUUUCAUUACCAGGCUCCCGGCACUCGCUACGCCCUCUCCUUCGAAGACGCCCGGCGAGCUUGCCAGGAGAACUCGGCUCAGGUGGCCACAUCGGCCCAGAUGUGGGCCGCGUACUUCGACGGCUUCGCCAGCUGUGCAGCCGGCUGGCUGGACGAUCAAACUGUCCGCUAUUCUGUGCAGUCAGCCGACCUGGACUGCUCUGGACAUAAGGAGUCCUCUGCUGGAGUGAGGAAUUAUGGGAAGAGGGACCCUAAAGAGUUGUUUGACGUGUACUGUUUUGCAAAAGAACUGGACGGUGAGGUGUUUCACGCCUCGGUUCCUGGCAGAUUGACUUUGUCUUCGGCAUCGGACCGAUGCGUGUCCCUGGGGGGCCAGCUGGCCACCGCGGGGCAGCUUUAUCUGGCAUGGAAGGCCGGCCUGGAUAGCUGCGCCCCGGGCUGGCUGUCCGACGGCAGCGUCCGCUACCCGGUCACCCUCCCUCGCCCGGAUUGCGGGGGGAACAGGCCCGGAGUCCACACUGUCACGCCCAACAUCACGAGUGACAACACCACAGCGCUGUAUGAUGCGUACUGCUACAGAGGGGAAGUGGAGAACACGGACGCCAUUUCUCAGAUCUACACGUCCCUGUGGAAGCCCUGGAGCUACCUCACAGACUCCAGUACUGCAUCUGCAGCAACAGAGAGCCCACCAACCGUUACUGCUGGAGGUGAUACUGACAAUUCUCCAUCCAACUGGACCGGACUGGUGGACCUUGAGGAGGACGAGUCCCUUCUUGGCAUCAAUGCUUCGUCAGACCCCUGGUCCUCGGAGUCGUACGUAAAAAUUCAGGUAUUUCCGGGCCAAAGCAUCGACUGGGGAGAACCGUUUGAGCCCGACUCGACUGAGUUUCUCCGACCUACUGUUUUUCCAACUCCUGCUGAGAAGAAGGUCAUCGCAGGGAUUGUCAAAUCCUUUUGGAAGCCUUGGAACUACCUGGUCGGGACUGAUGUUGGCGGUGAGGAAACAACUGGAUCGCCCAAAGAAGCGACGGGUGAAGAAGAUGUGAAAAAGAACAUUGAGCAGACUGAAGAAAAUUUGACAACUACAUUAUUACCAGGUUCUUUUUCUUGGGGAAGUUCAGUUUCUAUUGUUGCCACCCAAGACGAUGCAACCUCAGCCAACAAAGAAUUCUCCACUCCUCUGACGUCGUUUUCUCCUGCCUCCAAUACUUCCCUGACUACCGAGCCAAACAUCAGUGAGGAAAGUCCACAGAUGAAUCUGUCCACCACCUCCACCCCGGCCACUGAAACCACUUCAUCGAGCAGGGAAACCUGGGUUCGGGUAGACGUUGAGCCCACGACCCAGUCCAGUGACAAGAAGGAGGUUACGAUGACAUCCCGGCCGUAUUCCAGAGGUGGACGGGGUAGGGGGAAGAAGUACAGAGGGGAGGAACGGAUCAGAGGAGAGGACAAAGGAAGAGGAGAUGAUGAAGGAAGCGGUGAGAUUACAGCUGUGGAGGCCAAAGGUGAGAUUCAAGUCUCGCGACGCCCGGUCGGAACCAGCAAACCGAGAGAGAGGUCCAGAUCUAGAGAGAGAGGUCACAGGAAAGGACAGACCACUACGACCACCAGCCCUCCCACCACUCCGGAGCUCAUCGUCAUGUCCUCCUCAUCUCUGAUUAUUGACCCUAAACUCCUGUCCACGGUUUCGUCUGAAACCCAAUCCUCAUCUGUCCAAGUCGAAUUGGAGCCCUCCACUUCUUCCCCCGGAACCUCAUCAUCUACUACUUCACCCUUUUCAACGUCAACAGCAACAAUCACCCCAUCUCCAGCCCCACCCCGGUCGGCACCAUCGUUCUCCCUUUCGGUGGCAUCAUCUCCAGCUCCGACGGCUGAAUCGGACCCUCCUCCGUUUCCCACCUCAGACAACCAUAACAGCUCCGCUAACCCCGUGGCAUUGCUAGACUGGGUGCCAGUUGAGAGCGUAGCGGUUCUGAACGUCUCUCUGGAUUCUCCUCCGGAAGAGGAGGAGCCCGCCUGGUCCCAGAAUGUGGGCUCAGGGUCCCCGUUACCGGGCAACAUGGAAGAGGAGAGCAGCAGAUUCAAUGUCAGCACCGUCACUCUGGUCCCAGCUGUCGAGCCCUGCGUGACAAACCCAUGUCUGCAUGGAGGCAAAUGCCUUCCUCAGGGAACAGGCUACAGCUGCUACUGCCCACAAGGGUACGCGGGGGAGAACUGCGAGAUUGAUGUCGACGACUGCCAGUCAGAGCCAUGUGAAAAUGGAGGUACUUGCAUCGACAAGAUUGAUUCCUUUCUCUGCCUUUGCCUGCCCAGCUACGGAGGGGACACAUGCGAGAAAGACGUAGAAGGCUGCGAGCACGGCUGGAGGAAGUUCCACGGACAUUGCUACAGGUACUUCACCCACAGACACACGUGGGAAGAUGCAGAGAAAGACUGCAGAGAGCACAGCGCCCACCUGAGCAGCGUUACCUCCACCAGCGAGCAGGAGUUCAUCAAUGGUCUCGGUCAUGACAAUGCCUGGGUGGGUCUGAAUGACCGCACAGUGGAGGACGACUUUCAGUGGACCGACGGCAGCGAACUGGUAUACGAGAACUGGCGGGAGAGCCAGCCAGAUAACUUCUUUGCAGGAGGCGAGGACUGUGUUGUGACCAUCGCUCAUGAGGACGGCAAAUGGAACGACGUGCCCUGCAACUACAAUCUGCCCUACAUCUGCAAGAAGGGAACGGUGUUGUGUGGGACCCCGCCUGCUGUUGAAAACGCCCACCUGGUAGGUCGGCGCAGGUCACACUACGACAUCCACGCGGUGGUGCGCUACCAGUGCUCGGAGGGCUUCUAUCAACGCCACAUUCCCACCGCACGCUGCCGGGCAGAUGGCAGCUGGGAGCGACCCAGGAUCAUCUGCACCAAAUCCCGCCGCUCCCACCGGUACCGGCGCCACCAUCGCAAGGAGCGCCGCGAGCGCCGCGCCCACAGGAGACACGGCGAGGGCCGCAAGGCCAGAGAGGACGCGGGCAGCUACGACUGAACCAAAAUAAGCCGCCGCCGCCGCCCGCAAAGCUGAGGCGCUGCCGUUCACGCAAAAAGCAAAACGCAGCAAUUCCCUUGUUCUGCUUCGAUCUGCUUUCGCCCUCCUGAUGUAUAACACAAGGUUUUAUUACUACCACGCACACUUGAUCUCAUUCACUGCACCGACUUUGGCGGUUUGGUGUCCCCCCCCCCCCAACUUUUAAACCUACUUCCUUUAACUAAGGUCCAACGCGAACACUAACUGUAUCACUAGAUCUCACGCUCCCUAACCUUUCCGUACAAAGCCCCUCGAUGAACUUCAGUAGGUCAGACUGGCGGCAGAGCGCAUGUAAGAUAGGUAUGUUCCGCUUUUUGUUUGUGCUAUGUGAAAAUGACUAAUCUCGUAUUGCGUUACAAAGCACAGAUGUGAUUGAUGCAAGAUAGCAAAGUGACCCUCAGCUCUUUUUUUUUUUUCCCUACGCGUUGCAGUUGCCCACAAGCACACGCGUUUUAUUCUACUGACAUGCUUUUUUUUUUUCCUAAUAUCUGCUACGUUUGAUGUCACGUUUUAUUAUUUAUUUUCGGCAGCAAAAAUGCUCCUUUUGUACUUCUUUGGGGUUACAUCGGUUUUGUCUAACCAGUAUUAUGUCAUACAAUCCAGCCAGUAAUAAAAUGAAUCAUUUUAUUGUUUCUAACCUGAGUAUUGUACAUAUUGUGGUGUUUCCUGGCUUAUGUUUAAUCAAUAGCUGGACCUCGUCCAAUCAGAUUAAUGCGCCUCAAGCACUCUCAGUGGGUGGCAUUGACAACUUGAUUGAUAAUGUGAAUGGCAUUAUUUGAGUCCACUCACUCGUACCUACAUUACUUAAAUUUCCUGUCAAUCAUUGCAUGGAUACAUUUACUUGAUGGCUAGAAUGUGGAAUUUUGUUGUUUUGUUUGUUUUUUGGCAUUUG